AUGUCAUCUAAGUCGUUAGUCAUCACAAUCAAUAUCUUUCUUUUUCUUAUAAUUCAAUCAACGCUUAUUAAUUCCUUUCCUUCAACUAAACAAGAGAUUGUUUCUUUAACUGAUCAAGAGGUUGUUGGCAGUUUAUUAACUGAGCAAGAUAUUGAUUCUUUCAAUGGACAGGAUACUCCUUUAUUUGAACAAGAUAUUGGUACAUUUUAUUGUCAAAACGGAUCAAGUCUAGAAUGUUGCCCCCUCCUAGCUCGCCAAUUUGCUUCGAAACAUCAUUCACGCGUCGCCACAAUUGUUCUCAUUAAUAAUAGCGGUCAUGAUAUGGAAAUGGUCGUUGCCAGUCUUGAAAGUGGUCGUUGGAUUACAUCAAAUGAUAACAAAUACAAAAUUAGCUGUGAACCACAAAUAUACCCUCUUGCAAAUGGUCAGGCAGAGGCAUUUUCUAGUGUUACAAGUCAUUUUCUUGGUGGUGUGAAGGGUCAUGCCAUCUUUUCCAUGAAUGACGACAUUUCAAGCAAUUUCGUUAUCUUCUGGUCGGUUCCAGUGAUUGGCUCUCCCACAUAUGAUAUCUACGGUCUUGAUUUGUCGGAUAAUUAUAACAUUUUUCUCGAAAAUGACCUUGGAAAUACGGUUUUUCGAGUUACAGUUGAACCACCUACUUCAUUUUGGACACUUUUUACCAUAAUUCCCCCAUUUUUGAUCUUACCAUGCUGCUGUUGCUGUUUAGCAAAUGAUCCGUCCGAAAAGAGAAAUCGUGACAAUGUUCCAAAUCUUGAUGCUCCACCUGAAUACAGAGACACAUCUCCCAGUGUUCCAAUUUUUAAUAAUCCAAAUUUUGACGCUCCUCCGUCAUAA